AUGACAUCCAUUCCACAAAUGGUUGACCCGGUGAUUGGCCAAUACCAGGCCUAUGGACCGCACCAGCGUAGGACCGCGAAGGCUGCGAGGGCCGCGCAGGCCUGUGAUCGAUGCCGAGCUAAAAAGGCCAAGUGUGAUGAGGGACGACCAAAUUGCGGCUACUGCAGAGAAAGCAAUCUGCCAUGCUCGUAUAAAGAGGAGUCGCUACGCAAGGAAAAUAGGUCUACUCAAACUUUGUUAGACCAUUUGACGAAGAUGGAGGACAGCUUUACAGCCCAAUUUCGAGCGCUACAAAAUCAAAUGUUGUCUGCGCAAGGAAACCCAAACCAGCCCUACAAGCCUAUUCAGGGUACACAUGAACAUUCUGGUACCAUCGUCUCUCUCCUAGGACAAGACGAGACAUUAACCCACCUCACAGAGAGGAGUCUAUUGAAUUUCAGGGGACAUGGUGUGGCUGUUCCAAAUUAUGGUCAGAAUCUUGGCCUUGUGAAUCCAAUUCACGUCGGCUCCAAGCUUGAGGCUGAAUAUGCGCUUUCGACUCCCGUUCAGCACACUGCGGCCCGAAAUUUGUUGCUGUGGCCCUCGAUCCAGCAGCUGUUAUCGGACAGAUACGACGAAGAUUAUGUGAUACGGUUAGAAGAGGAGCGCGGUCUUCUUAGCACCCAUGAUCAUGGGGAGAUGCUGGACACUCUGGAUAACAGCCCCUUACCAUUGGAUCCCGGCGUUUGUAGCCACGGACCUGAUGGGUGCAGAGUGGGAUUUGACGGAGACGUCGAUAUUGAUAUGCUUGGUAACGUGAAGCUGGGUGGCGUCGCAGCUCAACGUUACUUUGGGAGCUACCUCUCUAACAUGUAUAAGCUUCACCCGUUCCUUGAUCGGAAUGAACUCGACAACAAGGUAAAUAGGUUUAUUCAAUCUUACUGCCACUUCAAUUCCUCUCCAGGCUCUGUCACCGACUGUGUACAGCCAGCACGCGAUGAGCCACCGUCGAAGAAACGGAGGAGCUUCAAUCGCAGCCUUGGUAUACACAGCGAGGAUAAGGAGACCUGCUGCAACUCGCCACGACCACGCUAUUGCUAUGCCUGGCCCUGGGUGCAAUUUGCGAAGCUCCUACUCCCCCUCUCGGGGUCUAUCAUGAACAGGAAGAUCGGCUACCGCGGCCAGCGCACCACAUCACCUCUUCCCGCCCAUAUCGAGACAGAUUAUGCGAACGGUGCACUCUCGCCCACAAUGCGCAAUGAAGAUGCGAAUACGAUGAACAACCAAAACAUCCCCGGUAUUACGCUGUACAGAUAUGCUACAGGAAUUUUGAGCCACUUGCAGGGUGCAAACGAGCUGGAGCACGUUCAGGCGGGGCUGCUUGCUGGACUAUAUGCCGGCCAGCUAGCUCAUCCGUUUCAGAGUCAUAGUUGGAUUUCACAAGCCUCGAGGGCUUGUCAGGUGCUGACAAGACCAAAGCGGUAUGAAAGUCUCAACCAGGGCUCAGUGAAGGACCUCCAUAGCUCCGUAUACUGGGCAUGUCUAGAGUUGGAGAGUGACUUACUUGCAGGGCUUGAUCUUCCAGCCAGUGGCAUCUCUCAUUCAGAAGGUCGGAUGCACCUCCCCAAAGGACAAUUCACAAUUAGUCGCCCAGAACACUUCAGUACAAGCCCAAGUAUGAUCAUGAUGUUCUACUACGCUCAAAUCCACCUGCGCAAAAUCCUGAAUCGAGUCCCCACCGACCUCUACAAAAUCAAAAAACAGGGGGAAACACUGUGGUCAUAUACCGCCCAAGGAGCUUUGAGCGAAAACCUGGAUCUCUGGCGCAGAUCCCUGCCCGACAGUAUGCAGUGGAAGGAAACCGACGAGCCAGCCAAUGAAAUAAACGCCGCCCACAUGCGGGCAACGUACUACGGUGCCCUGUAUAUUAUCCACCGACCGUUCCUCUACCACGCUCUGCAUGGCACCUAUGCUCUAAACAUGGCCAAAACACCAACCACCUCACUCGCUAACGGAUCGACCGCCGCUGAAGUCCAACUCCGGGCGCUGCCUGAAAAUUUACAGGAUGCCUGUAAGAUCUGUAUUGAUUCUGCAAUUCGGAGUACUGUGGCUUUUGAUUGUGUAGAUACCCAUCGGUUGGUGGUAACCAAUAUCUUUGGCACAGCCCAUUCGCAAUUUGGCAACAUGCUUGUUCUCUCCGCGACCUACAUGUCAAGCCUGAGCAAACUAGUCGCUGAACAUGAUCUCGAGCGUAUCCUCAAACGCACAAUCGGCUUCCUUGUCCAAAAUGGAAAUAUAUCACCUACCAUCCGCGCCGAUGCCCGUAUGCUCACGGAGAUCUACCAGAAGAUCUUCCACCGCGCUCCUGACCUGAACAACUAUACAUUGCGUAUGAACCACCAGUGA